AUGACGUUCAAAAACGAAACCAUCUUACGUGAAAAGCCAGAAUGGGAGCACUCAACUGGUCAUGAGUUACCCAAGAAGACCUACUACCCGAACUACGAAGCAGCUGUGCUCCGUACCCUUCUUAUUCUUCGCCGGGAAAAGCAGAACCUUCAAUCGUACCUCAACUCCUUCACCGAGUUGGCUCGAGAACUCCCUGCGGAUGUUGCCAAUGAUACUACCCUUUCGGUCGCCCUUACUGAAGGUUGUGGCGAACCCUACGCCUCCGACAUUAGACGCUUGGACCUUAACACGUUCACGGAGCAGUUCGAGUACCUCCAACGUCAAGCAAAUAUUUUGCAUUCCCUUCCCGAAUUUGCCAUCGCUGCCGCAAGAGAGGCCGAUCCCAUCGCUGUUGCCUUAACUGCAAGGGAACCCAGCACCUUGACCGACACCGAAAUCACUGCCAUCAACAAGGCAAUGAAAGCAAAUAUGGUCUGCUACUACUGCCGGAAGAAGGGCCAUAUUAAGCGUGAUUGUCGCAAGAAAGCCGCCGAUGCCAAACUCGCCCGAUGA